UCAACUUCCACAAUCUCUCCAUCAGCACACAACACUGUAGGUCAGAUGUCGGGGUUGAGUGUUCCUCUUGUGUCUGCAUCAGUUACUCAGACACAGACACCAGCAGCUAGAGGUCAUGGAGCCAAAACAGAUCAAAGAGGGAUAUCUGGUCAAAAAGGGCACAGUGUUGAAUUCGUGGAAGGUGGUGUGGGUGGUGUUGUCUGAUGAUGGUGUGGAGUUCUUCAAAAGAAAGGCAGACAGUGCCCCCAAAGGAAUGAUCCCACUGAAGGGAGCUGUUCUGACCAGCCCCUGUCAGGACUUCAGCAAGAGGGCGCUGGUUUUUAAGCUCAGCACGGCCAAGAACCAGGACCAUUUCUUCCAGGCCACCCACCUGGAGGAGAGAGAGUCCUGGGUGAAGGACAUCAAGAGGGCCAUCACCUGUCUGCAGGGGGUAAAGUUUGCCAGGAAGUCGACACGGAGGUCCAUUCGCCUCCCUGAUACCAUCAACCUCAGUGAGCUAUGUAUUCUAAUGAGAGACCAGGAGAAUGGGGUCAAAGAGCAGAAGCUGGAAAAGGAGAAGAGAGUCUACAAUCACUGCUUCACAGGUGGUACGGUGGUGGACUGGCUGAUCUCUAAGGACAAGGCCAGGAACAGGCCUGAGGCUCUGAUGUUGGCUACAGGACUCCUGAACGAAGGAUUCUUACAGCCCGCAGGGGACGUGUCCAAACAGGGGGUCGAGGGAGGGGCAGUGUCCACCGUCCUCGAUGAGCCAAAUGCACUCUACUACUUUGCAGACAGUGGGUUCUUCUGUGAAGGCUACUCCAGUGAUGAAGAUGUGAUUGUGAAGGAGGAGUUCAGGGGUAACAUCGUAAAACAGGGCUGCUUACUCAAACAGGGACAUCGGAGGAAAAACUGGAAGGUGCGGAAAUUCAUCCUCCGGAACGAUCCUGCUUAUAUUCACUAUUACGACCCCACCAAGGGUGAUGAGUACCCUCUGGGCUCUAUCCACCUGCGAGGGUCUGUGAUCACAGCGGUGGAGUUUGUUCCUGAUGCCAAGAGGUAUGAUGUUGAUGGGAAUCUCUUUGAGAUCAUCACUUCAGACGAGACACACUAUUUUCUCCAAGCGGCUACAUCUGAGGAGAGGAAGGAGUGGAUCAAAGCCAUCCACACUGUGUCAAAAACCGGAAAAUAAUCACAACAGGAUCCAUAGCUACUCUUAACACCUCACAUGAAGGGAUAUGGAAUAUGGACGGACAUGUUCAAAACAUUGUUGCAGAGCCAGGAGGAAUCCGAACCGAUCUGAUCUGAAUGAUCCUAAACUCCGCUUUUAAGGUUAUUUCAAGAGUUUUAGGUUUGAUAUUGUAUUUAUGUUGAGUGAUUAUGAAUUUCCUCUUCAUAUGGAUCAAAUGCUCCCUCACUUGCUUUUCAACAUUCAACAGGAUGUGGAGGCACUCUCACCUUUAGAUAUAUUUAUCACAGGCAGGCUGUGAAGAAGCGUGCAAUGAUCUCUGUGUAGAAAGGUGUGAAGUUCUGUAAUGGCUUCUGGUGUGGCCUUCUGCUUUUCCUUCCAGCUGCCUGACAGAAAUCAUUGUCUUACAUCAGAUAGCUUGUCGAUUUUGCCUGCACCGGUUGAGGGACGAGUGUCACGGAGGUUUGAAGCCAUCUGACUUGAGACAAUAGUGAAAAAUAGGACAGUUUGAAGAAUCUCAACAUUCCAGCCAGUUCCUAUGACCAAACAUAGGAACACACAUCAUAUCCUGCAAAUAAUUUCCGAACUCUGAGGACCCGUCACUGUGGUUUUCAUGAUGUUUCUAACUCAUAUCACUUGAUGUACACAUGGUCUCUGCACUGGCUGGAUGUGGCUGUGUACUAUCUCCAUUGUCUUUCAAAAAGCCAUUACGAUUCUUCGUUCCACAGUAUUACACAUGUUAAAUAAAGAUCUACUCUUUGUCUCCACCUUCCGGUUACUAUCAAAAAGUUCAUGUCCAAAAAAGAAAGUACUGGUUGUAAAAAUCAAGAAUUGUGUGCCUUUAUUAUUUGUCAUGCACCUUUGGUUUUUGACUCAUGUUUAUCAACUCCACCCGGGCAUUAUGGUAUCAUGGAAGAUGAAUUGACUUUCACAAAAAAGCAGCACGUCAAACCUCUCACCUCAGCUAAAGACCACUUCUCCAACCAUUUGUUUCAUUUAAACUCGACCUACCCUCCUACACAAACUAUUCUUCACACAGUUGACCAGAAUUUAGUGCUCAGCGAUAAGUGAUUUUUGAGGUUGGUUCGAUUAUUAAAAAAUAAUCACGUUUUUUUUUUUCAGUUUCUAUUAUUUGGGUUGAAUGCUGUAACACAGAAUAAAACAAUUCAUUCAAGUUC